UAUAUCUAUAUAUAUUUGUAUACAAAUCUUAUAUAGUAGACAUAAUCAGAAUAAUGUGUCCUGCCUUCAAAUGUUUGGCUUACUGGCUUACUUAAUGAUAUGUUGUCUAUCAUUAUUGUCCUUCGAGAGGCAUUCUCGCGAUCAUCAGGUUGCCGGAAAAGUAAAAUUGCUAUUUAUAGAUAGUAGUAGCAAAAUGGCAAUUCAGUGGUUCAAUAAAACGAUAGUUUGUGGUACAACUGCAGUUGCUGCAUUAUUUUAUUGUGUUGUUAUACUGCGUAAUCGCAAGGAGAACAAGGAAAUAGACAAGCCUGGUGACAAUAUAGCUUUUGAGAUUAAAAUAAUUAAUCCACAUUCGCCAAAUAUACAUAAUGGAAAACAAGGUUUUGUUAAAAAUUCGGCUAAUCUAAAUAAUGAGACAUUAACGUCAAAAGAGCAAGUCAUUUUUCAUUUCAAAACAGAAUGCAGUCAAAACAAGCUGCAGUCAAAACAAAAUGUAUCUACCGGUUCAGUACAACCACUACGAAAUAAAAAAUUAUUUUCGAUGCAAUCGAAGACGGAAAAAGGCUGUAAUUCAAUUAUUUUGAAUAGUGCUAGAUUUCUUACACACGAUGAGUCAAACGAAAGGAUUAUUCCAAAUAAUAUCGCUUUAUCCUAUGAAAGUAAUGCACAAGAUAAUUUAAAUCAUUCACUAAUUAUUCGUAUUGGUAACUUAAGGAACUCAACAAAUAAUAGAGUCCAAAUAAAGAUUUUCAACAAACCAAUAAAACAAUCGAUGUUAGAUAUAUUCAGUACUUUUGCAAAUUAUUCUACUAGUAACAGAUCUGUCAAUCAAACUAUGAUCAAUCAGAAUGAAAACCAAGAAAUUGGCAUCAUGAUUUCACCGCUCAAUAGUUGGCACAUUGUGAAUUCUUUCAUAACGUUUUAUGGAAAUCAAUUAACAGUAAGUACAAGCAAUAAACAACAUAUAAAAAAAAUAGAAAAAAAUGAUAUAACUGUUAUUAUCAAUGCUCCUGUAUAAAUAUGAAGACGACAUAAUCGGAAAGCGUCAAUAUUUCUUAAAGAUUUCAUAUUUCUGAGAAAUGUCGAGUCAAUUUCUUGUGCGCAGAAGAAAAUUGUAUUAAUUGCAUGUUUGAUAAUGUGCUAAUAUCUUUUUAUUUUUAUAAAUUAAUAAAUAAUUUUUAUUUGUCUUAUAUAUUUUAAUUUCUCGUAGAAGUACACAAAGCACAAUAAUCGCUGUCAUUCAUUUUUAAUAAUAUGUAAGAAUAUAUUAUAUAUUU